CACCAAGUUCCAUUCAUGUGAAGGAACUUCACCAGAUUGUGAUGAGUAACUGAUAAAUUAAUAAGCAUAAAAGCAGUGUGUACAUAAUGACUACUACUAAUACGACUUCGUAGCUUUCUCUCGGCCUCUGCCUUGUCGUCUCUGCUUCUCCCAACAAAACCCCUCUGGGAAGCCGGCCAAGAAUCCAUAUUCUCAUGCCUUUAUAUGUCAAUUUUCUAUCCUUCUGCUGUAGAUUAUGAUUCUUGGAUACGCAGACCGAUGUAUUGUCGGAUGGUUUUGAGUUAUACAUGUGAGAAAUGGGGUGUUUCUAGUGCCCGCCGACAAUUCCGAUCCUCGGGUGGUCUGAUAUCAAAUCUGUUUUUCGAUUCCUGAACUGGGCCGAUCUGGAAAUUUGUUGUUUAUCAGUUGGUCUGAUUCAUAAUUAGAUUUAGAUUGGUGGGUUCUUGAUAAAGCUUCAAUCUUUACGUUUCUUGGGUUCAUUUCAAAUCCAAAUGGUCUGUUUUGAUAUCCCGAUUUCAGUUGACCAGCAUAUAGACAUGGCGAAAUCUGUGAAUUCCACUGACCCUUAUUUGAAACUGAAGCAAAUUAAUCAGUUUCAUAAGAAUAAAAAGACUUCAAAUCCUCCUAAUCACUUGAACAUCCCGGCUUGUGAGCAAUCCCGAUACGCUGUGAUUGAUGUGGUUAUCUUGAUUGCUGUGAUUGGUGCGUGUGGAUUUUUGCUGUAUCCUUAUGCCAGGGUUUUAGCGCACAAGACUAUUGAACUUGGUGAAGAAGUGGUAGAAGUUGUAAGUGAAGAAAUCAUUCGUGCCCCUAUGGUUUUUGGAUGCUUAGGACUCAGCAUCUUGUUUGCUGCAAUGGCACUCGUGGCAAUUACGGUCUGUACAGACAACAGAUGUGGGAAACCGGGAUGUCGUGGGCUCACUAACGCUGCUGAAUUUGAUAUUCAAUUGGAGACGGAGGAGAGCGUGAAGAAGUCAACUUGUGUAUCGAGAAAUGCACUGAAGAAGGGACUAUUUGAAUUGCCUCGUGAUCAUCAUAGGGAAUUGGAGGCAGAGCUCAAGAAGAUGGCUCCACCUAAUGGGAGGGCUGUUCUGGUUUUCCGAGCAAGGUGUGGAUGUUCUGUUGGCAGGAUGGAGGUUUUGGGGCCUCGGAAAUCUCGAAAGGUGAAGAAGUAGUGUCUAUAUGGUAGAUUAUCUUUUCUUUUUUAACUGUAGGAGCAUAUCCGAUACUGAAAGUAGCCUUAGUGAUGAGCAGAUCCCUUUAAGGUUAAUUUCCUUUGAACAAUAUAGAUUUGAAUAAGCUCAAUAGGCUCACUGGAAUAAUUCGUCUGAACAGUAUACAUAAACUGGUUAAUUGAGGAAUACAUAUGGACCUUUUUACAUCAUUA